AAACUUCCAUUGUUUACAUUUUAUAGAAAAGGUGUCAAGAACAGUCACCCAGUGGGAAGAAACUGCUUGUUUUGUUGACAUUCAUUCAAUUUCUCUGAUUCAAGAAUGGUCUUCGGAACUAAACCAGAAUGUGCAAAAUGUAAAGUUAACGAGAGCAGUAUUUGGCAAAAAGAUGACAGAGACCAGGUACUGUGUACAAACUGCUAUUCAGCCGCCACCCACUCUGCGCCUGGCUCUGUUCUCCCCAAGAAUCAGAAGGAAGUAAAAAAUGAAGACAACGACAAUGGAAAGAAGGACGAAGAAAAAAUGGAAAUAGAAGAGAAUAAAGAGGGCGAUUCAAGCAACGGUGGGAAAGAAGACGAACAAGAGGUUGACAAAGAUAGUAAGGAUUCAGCUAAAAAUUCUGAAAAACGGGACACUAAGCGCAGAACCCGCAAGGGACGCCAGGGUGGCAAGGGCAGCAUACCUAAAGGAAAAGGAAGGCGGUACAUAUUCAAGAAAAGUGCCACCAAAGCUCCAGUAGCUGUAGCUACACCAUGCACAUCAGAAUACUUGUUCUAUAAGAACUUGUAUUACCAAGUUGGUGACAUAGUCUCACUGAUAGAUGUUGACGGAGGAACGUACUAUGCUCAAAUUCGUGGGCUAUUACAAGACCAAUAUUGUGAGAAGAGUGCUGUCCUUACCUGGCUGAUACCAACCAAAGAAUCUCCACCACCUGAGGAAGGAUUCGAUCCAUCUACAUACAUUAUAGGGCCAGAAGAAGAUAUUCCUCGUAAACUUGAGUACAUGGAGUUUGAGUGCCAUGCCCCCUCCGAUUACUUCAAGGAUCGCACUUCUCCAUAUUCCACAAUUUCAUAUCGCCCACAGUCAUGCUUUGUAUGGUCAAGACUAGGUCCUCAAAUAAAGCCUAUAGAAAAAGCAAAAGAAUUAAUGGCUAAGUAAUUGAGGUGUUUGAUUGUAUGGAGAGAUUUUUUAUUUUCUGUACCCUCUAGAUGAUAAUGUUAGAAAUUUUAUAUUCAUGUUAAUGUGUCCUCUCUAUUAGUUUCAUAGGGAAAUAAUAAAAGAUUUCUAUAGGUCCUAUACAGGUAUUUUGUAUAUUUUUUUUCUCUGUUUGAGGUAAUUUUUAAUUAGCUUGAACUAUUUUAGAGUAAAGAUAAUGAAAAAUUUAUCUAGAACACUUGGAUAAAGUGAUGGCAGUAACCAAAAUUGGAACAUUUAGAAUGCAAUAGGUAAAGAGUUUGACUCAGACUGUAAAUGACUAUUUUAUUGAGUAUAAGUAGACACCAUAAGAAAGAAAACAGUUAGUCCAGAGGGACUUCAUUGCAUGUGCUAAGUUUUAAACUAAUAUAUAAAUAGCAGUACAGUAAUACAAAUGCUCCUAGCUUUAUGAUGAUCUGACUUACAGUAUGAUGCUGCUGUAGUGUAGAGUCUGUUAAUAGGAAAAUGAGUGUCUAUUGUAAUGCUUAAUUGUUCUGUCGUUUAUAAAGAAAUUUCUUAUUUUUAUUAAUAAUAAAAAAUUGUAUAUUUACUACAAUGUUGUUCAUAAACAUAAAUUACGAUAAUACCCUUGAGAAUUACAGUAGCAUUAGUAAGAAACAAUAAGAGACUGUCAGCCACUGUUUUGAAUUUUCUCAUAGUUAUGAGUUAUUUAUAUUUAUUUGGGAUGAAUUUUACCUACUGUUAGAUAGCUCAGAUCUCCGAGUUGAUAGGUAAGAUGACAUCCAAACAAAAGUAAAGUUCAAAUGGCUGCCAGGAUGACUAACGAAUACACCUGUUCUCCAUCAUGUGUAGUAUUUGGAAUGUUUAAGCCCCUAUCAGAAUUCUCCUUUUGCUGCCAUUGUGUACAGGUACUUAUUGGUACAGUCCUCGGUUAUUAGUGGGGAUUCCGUUCUGACGGCGUAGUGAUAAGCAAAAAUCGCCUAGAACUGAAAUCUGCAAUUUUUGGGGCUUAUUGGCGCCAAUAACUGGUCAGUGGCGCCUCUGUUAGGUGUAUGUUGGGGGAGGCAAUUACUUGCUAUUACCAUGCUCCAAAACCACAGGCGCCCCCCCAUAGGGGGUUAGUGCCGUCAGUGCAUCUCGUUCGGUGCAAUGUAGGCAUUACUCAAAGUUCUUUGCACCAUCCCUUUGGCCCUUGCUACAACCACUUUCAUUCCUUUUACUUUAUCUCCAUUCAUAUUCUCUUUCUUCCAUCUUACUGUCCACCCUCUCCUAACAGUUGUUUCAUAGUGCAGCUUUGAGGUUUUCCUCCUGUUACACCUUUCAAACCUUUUACUGUCAAUAUCCGUUUCAGUGUUAAAUGGCCUUAGUUGCCCCAAUGCUUGGCCUAAUGCCAAAAAUCUAUAUGAAUCAAAUGUAUUGGGGCCAUACUCUAUUAUCAUUGCCGAUAACCAGAAUUUGGCGUGUUCCAAUGCCAAAAAUUGCCAAUUUUCGGUGCUACACAAAUGCCAUAAAACCAGAUUGCCAAUAACCGAGGCCGCCAAAAACUGGGGACUUCCUGUACAUGGUUUUGAUUAUGUGCUGGUAUCACGACACUACUUUCAUUUUCCCUAGGAUAUCUUCCACUGGAAUCAAGGCUAAGAACAUCAGGUUCUGUAGGAAUGAUUACGCACUGUUACCAGGAUGUUGAAUGUUGACACAGUUUGUGCCAGAAGCAUUGGGUAUAAAGACUGAUCUUGAGAAUAGAUGUGAGGAAGUAGGGAUUUUUUAAGUACUUCUGCUUAGGUUCGUUAGUAUAGGAAGAGAAGGGAAGCAGAUAGAUUGCGAAAGCAGAUAGUUAGGUCAGGUCACCAACUUGUUAUUUCUUCCCCUUCUCAGGUCCUUUGUCUUUCAUUAUUCUUACUCUGUUUAUGGCUUUUUCCUCUGCUAAUACUUUAGCUAGUACUAAGACUUCCUCUUUAGCUCCACCUUCUGACCCCCUUCAGUUCAGGGAAAGCAUAUUUGUCACAGUAACUUCUGUUCUUUCAAAGCUAGAUAUUGUUCUAGCUACUUGGCUUUCUAAGAGUGUGUCAUAGGCUUAUAUACAAAAUCAAUAAAAUUAGUCACAGGGGGGUAGUAGAAGGAUCACUCAUCAGAGAGAUUAAAGUAAUAGAAGGAAACAAAGGUUUUACCUCAGAAGAUCCCAUAAGCCGAGGUUUGAUAUUAAAAGAAGCUAAGAUUGACCCUGCUGACCUGGAGAUUAGGUUUUCUGCCCAACAGACUUUUGGUGACCACUCCCUUACCACAAAGGUUAAUCGCAUUGACCAUCAGCUCAGGAUUUCAGAGCAACAAGAAGGGAUUAGCAACUCUCAAGGAAACCAAAACAGCCAUUACAUAAAUGACAGCUCAACGAGAAGAAGUUCCAGAAGACUGCUGGGCCUUGACCCAGGCUGACAACCCAAACAUCUCUUGAAAAUGGGCCAUAGAUAGGGCCUGAAAUACUAGAGUUUGGAGUAAAAUUAAAUGUAAUACUUAGAAGUAAACAAGUUACACAGUGAUUUUGUGGGUUUCUUUUUCAAUCUGCAGAAGAAAACUGAAAGAAAUUUUUGUUUGGUUCUCUCAAGUCUGUUGAGUCACUUUCAGACGAGGCAAGAGAGUCAUUGUAAUCCUCUCUUCCCCUCCUCCAAGCAUUUCCUGUUUUUGUUGACGUAUCACAUUAUUUUGCUCAGCUGACUUGUGUUGACUCAGGUGAGUUGAGUCGCUUCAGACUGUCUCUCUCAUUCAUCAAGUAAUGGAUUUGUUGCAGGUAGUCAGCUGCUGUUGUCCUCUGGCAGCAGAAGAGUUUAAAUUAGACAAAUCUCUUUCAGUUUGUCAGUGUUUAUUGGACCAUUGCACAUUGCUUUAUUCUCAUUCAGUGGAUGACAGAGGCCAUAUAGAGAAUAGGUAUCGGCUGUCUUCGAGUAUUUUGCAUACAUUAAAUAUUUGGAGAACGAGAACCCAAGCUUUCUCCUUAAGUUAGCUUAUCUUUUUUUUUUUUCAAGUUGUGGAGAACUGCCUCUUACAAUACAGAUGCUUUAUUGGCACUUAACCGUCUUCAGUCAGUUUCAUUUCCUUUGUCAUUCCUUUGAAGAGAUGUACUCGAGAUUGAAAAGUGCAUUGGAAAUACUGAGACAAAGUUUUUUUCCGGGUCACAGUUUUUAGUUUUACUGACUAUUUUGCUCAGUAUACCAGGAAUACAGCAUAAUUAAUUAUAUACGUAACAGGAAAAAUUACUUGCUAACAGAAUAUUGCCUAUGGAAGAGUAACACUGUAUAAUGCUAUUAGUCAUAAUAAAGUUAAGCAAUGGAUCCAAAAUAUUUUAAUAUGUUAUAGAUUAUGUAAAUCAAAAGUGCAUAUUAUGCAGUCUGGUGUAGGAUUUGAUGCAGUAUUUUCUAAUGGAACAAGCCAGUUCUCUUUAUUCAGUAAUAUUUCUAUUUUUACAGCAAUAUGGUUGGCAAUCAGAAUUAUGUAACACUUGGUGCUGCAGAAAUUUUCAAUUUUUUGUGACUAGAAUUGCUAGAGAAGCCUUUCAAAAUCUUAUUCCUAAAAAUGUUUGUGUAUGUUUCCUAGCCUUUCAUAUUGGAGGUAACCCACCUCAUCCAUCCUGCUUUGUUAUGUGGGCAUGUUGCUGGGGUGAGAAAGGGGAUCCCCUCUCCCCCAUCACCACAUGCACAGGAUGGCUAUUCUAUAUAUGAAGGGCUACAGUUUAUAUACCAAGGCAAAACAUGAAGGGCUACAGUUUAUAUACCAAGGCAAAACAGAAAUUACUUAAAAAAUUUGGCAUUUCAACAAAUUAAGGUAUUCCAAAAUUAUAUGAAGCUGGUUGAAAUAUGUUGGGUUCCAGGACAUGUAGGCUUUAUGGGAAAUGACUUUGCUUGAUAUACCUGUUCCUGUCAUGUAUUUUCAGUAAAUGAUAGGCUUUGUGGGUUAACGAAACAAACAAUAACAAAAUAGAUUAAACCCAAUGUUGGAUUGUUGCAUUCCUUCCUCCAAAGUGUCACAAAAUAAUUUUAUCCAAUAUAUUAUUGCAGAACACAGUUGAACAUGUGUGAUGCCAUUGUCGAUUUUACAACUAGCAAUAAAUGCCAAGAAUUCAAAGCAGGUUUGUUAUAAUGAAUUUUGAUAGGUUUUAAAACAUUUAAAUUUAGUUUACUAAAUGAAAUUAGUAUAUUUACUAGGAAUAAGCCUGUUUGGGCCAGCAUAUCAGUGCUCAGAAUACUCAUUCAGUGUUUGGGUUAAACUAUUCAUUGAUAAUGAUAAUAGGACAGUCAAAUAAUCUCUGGGUGGUGGAUAUUGUUUUGAAGGACAUAACUGAAAUUAUCCAAAAAUUAUCUUGGAAUUAAAUUUUCAUUUUCAUAUUUGAUCAGCAACAUUUUCAGCUUAGUAUUGGAUGUAGAAUACCAUUGGGUUUAUGGAAUUUAGGUCAAGCACUAGGACCAUGCAGUCAUUCAGCGCUGAAAAGGAAAUUGAGAGUAGAAAAGCUUGAAUGGUGUAACAAAGAAAACCACGCAGUUUCAAUAAGAAAGAAGUGUUAGUAGGAGAGGGUGGAUAGCAAAAUGGGAGAAAGAGGAUAUGAACAGAGGUACAGUAAAACCAAUGAAAGGGAGUCGCAGCUAGGGUUCAAAGGGAGGAAUGGAGACUGCAAAAAAUCUUAAGCAAUGCUACAGUGCACCACGUGAGUUGCACUGAUGGCACUACUACUCCCAUACUGGGAUCCAAAUUCCAGGAGCAUCUGUAUUGAAAUUUACCGAAAAUUUUGAAGUUUCUAGGCACACAGCUCAGGAUCCAGUCCUAAUGUUAAAGAUUUAAAAAGAACUAGAAGAAGCUCUUUAUCAAGCUAAAAUUAAUUAUUAAAGGUUGACCAGCCACAUUGCUCAGGGAACCAAGGAAAGGUUAAUGCUUAUAGUUUCUUGAAGAUAAGUCUUCCUUAUGAGCAUCUUGUGUAAUAAAACCAAUACAGAACUUAAUAUGGUGCUCACAUGACAAUGUGAAUAAAGAUAAUUUUUAAUCAGAAAUUUGUCAGUUUAAUUUGGCUGGACUGAAAGAGGCUUUCAUGCUUGUUUGUUCAUAGAUAGUAGUUCACAUUUUUGGGAAAAGCUUUAAGAGAGUAUGGUAUAAAGAUUUCAAGGAUUGUGCACAAGGAUUUUAAUUAGAGAAAUUUAAUGCAUUCAUAAGGAAUAAUUGUGAUCUAUACAUAAUUUAAUGUUUAUGCCUAUACAAUUCCUCAUGGUGUUAAUAGUAGAACAGGAAGAAACUUAAAGGAGUUUGCCAUAAGAUUAAAAAAAAAUGGUAUAUGCAAGUCACAAAGAGAUAUUAACAGUUAGUUUCAGUUUUUAAACAGAUUCUCAUGAAUUAUCUUAUUUAGCAAGUUCUUACAUUGUCUGGCAAUAAUUGAUUCUAUACAAGUAAUAAAGUAGAAGUUGUAUUGUUACAUAAUUAGACUAUCUUGCUAUUGUUUGAUCUGUUAUCCAGAUAGAACUUUUGUUUCCUAACUUUGGAACCAGUUUCACACAAACCAACAAGUACGUACACUGCAUUGUAGUAUUUAUGUAAAAGUGAAGUAUAAGAAAAAAAAAUAGUUCACAUAGUUAGUAUUCCUUUUCUUCCAUGGUCCAAAAUUACUGUAAUACUAUUAUAUUGUUGGCCUUGUAAUAUUUUUUGUUUCACUAUAGGGCAAAUUCUCUUUGCUUUGCAAUAGUGUAAAAAUUUGUAUGUUUAGAAAUUCUUUGAAUUGCAUGUAACAAAAUCCAUUUACAUGAAAAGACAUCGAGCAUACCUGUGAAAGUUCUACUGAUUAACUGUAUGUAAACAAACUAGUCCUGUUUAUUUAUGCUUGUCAUUUGAUGUUGGCUGACUGUGUUAAGUAGUGGUUUCUGUUUGUUGAUAUUAUUUUGAUGUGUCAUGUCACCAGUUGCUCAGAAUGAUAAUGGAAUCAGUAUAAAAUGCUGUAAAAUGUCUUACUAAGACUUCAGGUAAUAUUUUAGUUAUUAAGGAUUGAGUAUUUUGCAGUGCUAUUCAUUCUGAUUACAAUUUCUAAACAAGAGCUCAAAUGAAAUGUUAUGUAUUUCAUGGUGUUGAAUAGUGAUGUAGUGUGUAGUGGGAAGACAUUACCCAAAAUGGCUCCCGUAUUUCAUGAUUUUUUGAUAAUUGCCAUAUUGAAAACAUUCCUGAUUGGUAUGGAGAACAGUGUCAUGUUGAUGGGUGGCCAGGUUCAGUAAAUUUCUGUGUAUGCCACACCAUAAUUUCUGGGCUCAGCCGUGUCGCUCCGUGAAAUGUGUCAUAGCAAUAUUUUACUAGAAAUAGUGCUAAAGAGGACACAUUUCACUGGGCGUCACGGCUUCCUCGCCCAGAAAUAGAUUUUUCCUACGUCAAAAUCCCUUUUUUAAGCUCCUGACAACCAAGCUAUAUGCCCAUGGCAGUUUUCAGUAACCCUGUGUUAUCUGAGUUUGUAAAUUUUUGUGUAAUGUGUGACCUGCUUGUUGAAUAUAAUUUUUUUCCACAAAUUUGUUUUUUAUCAGAAGAGAGAGGGGACUGAUUGAUUUGUGCCAUAAGCGAACAAGGUGUAGUUUUGCUUGUUAAUCAGUCUCCAAAGAUACCCUCUCCUUUACCAUACAUAGUUACCAUUAAAGGUUUAUUUUUAGUAUUGACAGAUUUUUUGCUAAUUACUGAAACUGCUAAAUCCAAAUUUCAGUCAGAAGUACUUUUUAACCCUCCUACCCCCUCUGAGUUCCAAAAUCAUGAGUUCACUUGUCCAGCUGAAAUGUGGAUCAAGUAAUGUAAAAGAUCAGGACCUGCAGGCAUUUUUGGAUAUUAAGUGUUAGUGUAAAAAAUAAACCCAUUUCUGUUAAGGGUACGGUCUGCUGAACACAAUUGCAUAGCAAACUAUGUAUAACAGUACUAAUGGUAUAGUAGACAUAUUUGUUUUCUGCAUUUUAAUUUUCGUCCAAGUAGUACAUAUUCCUUUUAUUGUUGCUUUUCAUGCGGUUGUCAAAUGUUUUUUAACUUUAUCUUACUCAUUUUGUCAGCUUGUUGAUUGAAGACAUAGAACAUAAAUCCUUAUGUCCAACCCAGUGAGAGUAGAGAAAAGCAGCUCAGAGGUGUAGUUUUACAAUGAUAGUUUUAUAAUUACAAUGAUGAAAUAAGAAGGGCAGGCUUAGUAAUAAUUAUAGAGGUGAUAAGAGAGUCAGGAUUGAGAUGGUAUGGGCAUGUGUUGAGGAUGGAUGAUGAGCAAGGAGUGAAGAGGGCUUGGAAGAAACCUAGUAGAGGAAGAAGAUCAAGAGGGAGAGAGAAUUAGAUGGUGAAAUAAAGUGAAGGAAGAUAUGGAGAGAAGAGGUUUGGUGGAGGAUGAUGCCUUUGAUAGUGGAGAGGGCGCAUCAGGCAACUGACCCCUUAAUGUAGGGAUAAUGGUGGGAAAGAAGAGGUAGAAUGAUAAUAGUACAUCUUAGUAUUUAUCUUUAUUCAAUUUUUAUUAAGUUGCUGUCACAUGGUCUAUUUCAUGUACCCUCUUUUAAUGCUGUACCAUGUAUAAUACAUCAAGUGGUGUUCAUGUGGGUGCAAGGGCUGGAUUGUUUCUGACGUAAAUAGGAAUUUUUCUUAUUUCAGUUGCUUUUAUCCAAGUGUUGUACUGAAAUGUUCUUAAUAUUAUCCAUUUUGUAUGAAAGUUUAUAAUUGAGAAUGUUAUGCCUUUAAGAAAGUUAUUAGUGCUUUGUAGAUUUGUUUUAAAAAGACUUUAACCUUUAAUGGACAGAUCCCCUCAUGAGUUGCAAUAACAGGUUUUGGGUGGUUGACGGAUCCACUCAUAGUAAUAUUACGCGCUAUUGAUUUAAAGGAAUCGGAUAGGAAAGAGUUUCCAUUACCUCUAUAGCCCAUAAAUUCACAUAUGGCAACUUUUUGACUGGCUAAAAUCAAGAAUCAGGCAGCUCAUAAGCAAGUUGUGAUCUUGACUUUAAGGGAGCAAGUACUACUACCUCUCUCUCUCUCUCACACAUUAUGUCUUCUUAUAUAUUUCCUCAUAAAUAUACCCAGGGGUUGCUGUUGGUUUUAGUUCUUAUCUUUUAUGAUAGUAUGUCAGUUAUAAUUGCAAUUUUGCAAAGAAAUAUUAGAAAAGACAUGUAUAAUCCAAAAAAGUUACUGCACCUUCGAGCUCAGUAAAUUUAUGUAAAUAUUUUACAACAAAUAUACUACUCCGAAUUUGUUACUGAUUUUAGUUCUUAUCUGUUUUGAUAUUGUAUAAGCUGUAAUUAUAAUUUUACAAAAUAGAAUAGAUUUAUUUAUUAGAAAAAACAUGUAUAACUUGGUAAAAUUUACGAUUGUCUUGUAAAAGACAGGCCCCACAAUUUCAACUUCUUGUAGAAGGUAGGGAAAAUUUGUUCCUUACACCUUGUGCAUUUACAUUUCUUCUUUCCAUUGAUUUGUUUAUUUUUUUCUUGAACUGGCCAACCUCAAACAUUACCUGACCUGGGGUGCUGCAUAUUGAUUUUUUAGCCUAGCUCUGCAUUGCAUGUGAUCCUAGAAUAAGCAAAUAAUUUUCUAACUGUUGUUUGGAAUAAUAAUAAUUAAAAGAUCAGUCCAUUCUUUGAAUAAUAUACGGUAUAAUCUUAAUAGUCACUGGCUGCAUCAGUAAACUCUGAUCCCAAGAUGCCAAAAGUUGCAAAAAAGUGGCUGUGUGAGAGAAUUAUUAUCUGAAAAAAAAAGUGGCUAAGUUUAAAUAGAGCACAUUCAAGUAUAAGGACAAUUACUAGUUCGCUAGUAUGCCCCAGUCUACUUAUUUAAAAGUUUUAAGGAGAUCAAAAACUUAUGCAGGGGUAAUGUUUUCUGAUAUGUACUUGGAUAAAUGCAAAAACUUAUGCAGGGGUAAUGUUUUCUGGUAUGUACUUGGAUAAAUGAUAUGUUCUGUUGAUAAAUGGUUGUAACUUUCAUUGAGGAAGCUUGAGAAAUAUGGGAGUUUUCAUGUCGUUAACUUCAUGGUUUCUUGUUUGUUGUAUGAAAAGAGAUAACAUCUUUCAUGUGAUCCUUGUAUGUUUUUUUAUUUUGAUUAUUUUUGAAGUGACUUGAAUCUCAAUUUUUUUUUAUUCUGAAUUUUUAGAAAUUUUGAAGUUAUGAGGAAAGCAAGUCUUAAGUCUUUAUAUUUAAAAUCUUGGGAAAGUUUCAAACAUAAUAAAACUGGAAAUUCCAUAUUUUUAUGUACAGGAAGUUAAUGAAGUUGGUAAAAUGUACUUUGGAUUUUAUUGAUUUAUGUUUAUGAAAAUCACUUAUUGACUAAAAAUAUGUGAAUAGUGGCAAAGAAUUGGUGAAGUAUGCAAUUAGUUGUUUAAAUUCCAUUGUGUCACUUAUGAAGUGCCAAGUGCUUUGCUAUAUUAUCACCUGUGAGGAAGUUUCAUGGUGUCCUUUAUUAAAGGAUGUUUUCUUUUUGUAAUAAAUACUCCAACUAGA